AUGCAUCCAGUACCGAGUCGUAGCCGACGGAUAUUGGUGUUCCUCGGUGUUGUUACGUUCGCGCAAAUAGCUGCGUUCCUUCUCUUGCGCAAGCAUGUCGACCUGUCCACGCUUUCUCCGUACUUCUCCAGCAAGCUUUCAUCUCAAGAAUAUGAAGAGGAGAUCAUAGCAAAUUCCACCAUCAUCGAAGGGGUUGUCCAGCGCAUAGGAACCUUCUGGUCAACGAGCAAUCAAGGCCUUCCUCCGCCAUUCAUAUUCAACCCCGUUGAUACCUCCGAAGUCACUGCCUGCGAUGGCCCCCCUCGCAAUCUUGCGGGUACUCGCGAACUGUACGCCUACCCCGCCUUGCCAGCUAGGUUUCCCUCCCCGGCCGUAGGCAGCCACGAAAUCAUCGGCAUCAAUGGAAGCAUAUGUUUUACAAGCACAUCUCGAUAUGGCCCAUACGGGAUGGAAAGUAAGGAGACCGAGUGGCUAGAGGUGAAAUGGGGGCAACUCCAACAAAAGUGUUUAGAAAGGAAUAAACACCGAUAUAAAGCCGAUGGAGAAACGGGAGAGAAGAAGCCCCGGCAAGCAGUGGUUCUUCGUGGACACGAGAAAUUCAAGUGGCGUCCAAACGAUUUUCUAUAUACGCGCUCCCUUAUUGCUGAGCUGUCCCUGGCUAGCGGAGGAGAGUACGAGGUAAUCUUCAUGAUCCAACUAAACGGCCACGAACACGCCAGUCUUACUACCUCCGACUUUCAGAACUCAUCUAUCGUCGACCCUCUCAAGGAAAGAUACGUUCCCGCAGAAUUCCGCGAUCUAGUCAUCUUCUUCAAUACCAAUGUCUUAAAAGAUACCUACCCAGCCGUCGGGGAAUGGAGCUAUGAAAUGCAAUCCUAUCAGCCCGUCCAGUGGCUCGCACUCUACCGCCCGGAGUUUACCCACUUCUGGGUCAUUGAGCAAGAUUUCCGAUACACAGGGCACAAUUAUGAGCUCUUCAACUCGGUAGGAAAGUGGGCACGUAAACAACCGCGAGACAAUCUCUGGGAGAGGAACUCACAACUCUACAUCCCAGCCGUGCAUAAAACAUGGGAUAACUUCGUGCAAAUUAUCAAACAGAACACGCCCUUAGGCCAGGGUGUUCUCGGACCUAGACCCCCUCCCCGGACAGAAAAUUAUUCUAGCUUUGAGCCGGCAAUGCUCCUUCCAUCACCGGUACCUAAGGAUUGGGGUGUAGGCGAGGACGCAGAUGUUAUUUCCCUCUCGCGGAUCUGGGACCCUGUCGGCAGUGGCUGGUACUUUGAAACCUACCUGAAGGUUUUCCCACCCGACACACCGCGACGAACUAGCCCACCGAAUAGUGGACGCUUCUCUCGCCGCGUUCUACUGCUCACUCACGAGGAGCAGGUUAGGCACGGUACUUGUGUAGCAGGCGAGGCAACGAAUCCAACAACGGCGUUACACCACGGCCUGAAAGCAGUAUAUGCACCGCAUCCCAUGUACUUCGACGAGGACAUCGACAACAAGGCACUAUAUAGAAUGUUUAACGGACAUGAGGCGGGGAAAGCGUUUGAUACGACCAAGGCGCACGAUGGCAUGGCGCGACCCAAGAUUCAUCAGUGGAAGAGACUGACGUUCUCGUGGAUGAAUCAAUUGGCGGAGGAGUUGUAUAAGUGGUGGAUUGUGAGCAAUGGGACGAAUGAGCAGGUUCAUCAAGGCCAUAGUGGGCAGCGCGUACAUGGCCGCGAGCCUUGCUUCCCUCCUAUGGCUUUGCAUCCUAUUAAAGAUGUUUGA